AUGUCGGCUAAAACAGCGGAUUCACAAUGCAGUAGUGCCAAGGCGGAGUGUGCCACCUUGGAGCUCUCCAAGCGGCUAACCCUUCUAGAAUUGCGCGAGGAACUACUCAGGUCUAGAUCCUCAUCGGCGGCAUCCUCGACGUCGUCACUGUGGAAACAAACGAUGGAAGAAUUUGAGCAAUGGCUAUUCGCCGUUCUUUCACCCGAUAGUGAUAACGCUCUCAGUCUCGUGCCGGCACCUCACAAUCUGCCUUUCAAUGAGGUCUUUUACGGGCCAACAAGUCAAGAGGCGGAGAUGAUGGACCUCAAGCGAAAUGUCGACGCGCCUCUGAUUGGGGCUGUCCACCAUGCGCUCUGCAAUCCCGACGACUUUCUUCCUGAAGUGAAUGGUCCCCAACCUCCUGUGCCGGAUGUGUGCAUUGUUUACAAAAUCUACAUGGAGAGUGGCUCUUUGAUAAAUAUUCACGAUUGGCUCAUUUCUUUCGCGACUAUUGUGGAACCGUCUUCAGCGAGCGCGGACGCGAAUCCCAGUCAGCUUAUCCAGUCGCGUUUCCUUCGAGCCGUGGCUGACUUGGAACAGGUGGGAUUGGUGCGACGCACUGGACGUAGAGUGGAUCAUGCGCAGAAAUUGCCUUUCAUGGAAGUGAACUGGAUGCUUUGA